AUGGAGUAUUGCAGUCUCGCCUCGUAUCGGGCUUUUAACCAAGUCGUUUCGCAAACACCAGGCUCAAUACGAAAACACUUCAUCCUGGCGUCCCCAAAGCUCAAGGCCGGCUCUUCGAGCUCCUUCAGCGAUCGGCCUGCGCCCUCGCACCAUCGAAGGCGCUCGUCGGUCGGUUCGCAUGCUGGCAACAAGCAGCGUCCUGCCAACCUGCUCCAAGUCUACCCCCAUCAAGCUAAUCAAGCCCCGCUGUCACCCAUUCUCGGCACGCCCGCCGAGCCCAUGUCUUUGUCCCGCAGCCCGUCGCCGGUCCCUGGCGGCGGAUGGUCUAGCCCCGGCCUCGACGUCAACAGCGGCAGGAACAGUCCCUCCACCGCUGGCGUCCCCACCGUGCAUUGGGAGUCGGCCAGGAUGAGGCAUCUCGGCGUCAACGGCUACCCGUCCUUCUCGACACAUAACCAGGGCUUCUUCACCCGGCACAUGCGCCACCUAUCCAGUGGCCUGCCGCGCUUCAACUCGGGCUCCGACUCCCCCCCCUCCGAAAAGGACAAGCUGGCCCACGGCCAGUGGCCCGGCCAGUGGCCCGGCCAGAACAUACCUCUGGUCCGGAGAAUAAUGUCCAUUGUCGGGCGCAUGGGGCGCAAACUCAAGCUGAGGCUGCUCAUCGGCUUCGCCGUCCUCUUGUGUCUCUACAUAUUCUUCCACUCCCCCCUGAUCUACCACUGGCGGAGAGCAUCAUGGGGAGGUGGCGGCAACAAGUUUGUCAUCAUCCUGGCCGCCAACGUUGGCGGAGGUGUCAUGGAGUGGAAGGGGGCCCGCGAAUGGGCCAUUGAGCGCGACAGUGUGCGCAACAAGCGCAAGUACGUUUCGAGAUGGGGGUACGACCUGGAGAUUGUCGACAUGAGCACCAAGAAAAAAUACGCGCACGAGUGGCGAGAGAGCUGGGAAAAGGUGGACUUUGUGCGCAGCGCCAUGAGGAAGUACCCCAAGGCUGAAUGGUUCUGGUGGCUCGACUUGAACACGUACAUCAUGGAGCCGACAUACUCGCUGCAGGAUCACCUCUUCGACAACCUCGCCACCAAUGUUUACCGCGACAUCAACCAAUACAACCCGCUCAACUUUACCCACCCGUUCCGCGAUCCUUAUCUCGACGCCGAGGCGCUGAGCCCCGACUGCUCGGGGUUCAACCUGGGCUCCUUUUUCCUGCGCCGCAGUGCUUGGACGGAGCGCCUCCUGGACAUUUGGUGGGACCCCGUCGCGUACGAGCAGAAGCACAUGGAGUGGGACCACAAGGAGCAGGAUGCGCUGGAGCAAAUGUACGUGAGCCAUCCAUGGGUCCGGAAGCACACGGGGUUCUUCCCGCAGCGCAAGAUCAACAGUUUCCCCCCGGCGGCCUGCGGACAGGCGGAUGGCAAGAACCACACACAGUUCCACUACAACGAGCACGACCGCGACUUUGUCGUCAACAUGGCCGGGUGCGAAUGGGGCCGCGACUGCUGGGGUGAGAUGUACCACUACCGAGAGUUCAGCUACUGGCUCAACCGCAACCCGUGGGAGCGCUUCAAAGAGGACCUGAUUGCGGUCAUCUGGUACAAGCUCACGGGCCACUGGGUCAAAUUAUAG